AUGUCAACAUCAGAGAACACAACAACAGUUAUAGUCCAUGAAGCUAUAAAUGAAGAAUACGAGUACAUACAGUUUAACAAACAACUCCAUCUCAUUCGUUCGGUCAAAGACGAUAUGUACCAAAUGCAAAGUAUUUUGACAGCAUGUUUUGCUCCAGAUACUAAGCUUCCUAAAGACUGGUUUAGGAACCAAAGCACACAAGAACUUUUGAGCGAAGCACAGCGAGACAUACUUUUUUCUGAAAACAGUGAAGAACAGCGAGUAGGUAAAAAACCCAGUCGCCAAAACUCUAUGAAAAUCGUGAAAAAUUGCCAAACGGUUUGA